UUAAAAUGUAUGUAUUGUGCGUAAAUGUAUUUCGAUGAGAGACUUUUAAAUUAAGUUAUCUAUGAAUGAGAGAUUCUAAAAUAGUAAACUAAGGGUUGUAAGAGGAAAUAGGAAUGAGUUAAAAUUAUGACUGGGAAUGAAGAAAAAAGUUUCAUCCCUAAAGUACAUGUAGAAUACUGUGGUGCUUGUGAUUAUGGAGGUCAUUGCUUAGCCCUGGCGCAAAUUAUUAGAAAUGAUACACCUUCUGCUUUGGUUUUGUGCAAAAGGGGACGUCAAGGGUCUUUUGAAGUAGUUGUGAAUGAUAAGUUGAUUUACUCUAAGCUCAAAACAAUGGCACUGCCAGAUUAUGGAGAAGUAGCUCAAGUAGUUCACGAUGUUUCAAAAGGCCAAGAACCAAGGGAAAUCAAAGGAGAACAACCAAUCAAUUGUGCUAUAUCUUGAUUAAUGCUUGAACCAGCCAGUAUUAUAGAAAAUAGUUAUGUGGUCAAAUACAUGUUUGAUUUUUGGAAGUGUGAUACAAUAGACUGCACUGUUUGUUUGUACUUUAUAAGAUUGACUGCUGGACAUAAGCUUCCUGAGUACUUGGCAGAUUUAUAUGGGCAGUUUGUUCUAGCUCCUACCACGUAACGCCCAAGACGCCCAGUUCUUGAAAAUAAAACUCGGAGGUGCAGCAAGCAUAAGAAAAACAAAAAACUAUUUGCCCAGGAUUACCAACUUCUCACCUUUUAUUAUAUUAAAAUAUAUUCACAACAAAACUUAAAUACAUAAAUAAAAGAAUUGGAGAUACAA